AUGCCGACGAAUCUCAACACGUUUAUCCUCCCCGUCCGUAUCGUGCAAGGCGUCUUCACAAUAAUAAUCCUCGGUCUCACAGCCUAUGUCGUAAACUCCUGGUCCACCCCCUCCAACUGGUACACCUACCCACACUCCCCCUCGCAGGCAAACUUCCUCCUCUUCUGCAGCAUCUGGACCAUCCUCAUCCUCGCCUACCUGAUCCUCGCACUCGCGCGCUUCCCCGCCGCGGCGCACAAAUAUGCCAUCCUGGCCGCCGAGGCCGUGACGAUGGUUUUCUGGUUCGCGGGCUUCGUGGCGCUGGCGUCGUUGCUGGGGGAUGUGGGGUGUUCGCGGUAUUGGGGGGUUUGUAGGGCUAGUGAGGCGGCGGUUGUGUUUGGGGCUUUUGAAUGGUUGUUGUUCACUGGUACGACUAUUUUGGCUGCGCUGCAUGUUUGGCGGUCGAGGAAGACGGGGAAUACAGCACAUGAUCCUGCUGUGGAGGUUCAGCCGGCUGUUUGA